AUGUCUCACAACACAUCAUUUAAAAAUAGCACACACAAGGUAUGUUAUAAAUUUAAAGCUUAAUAUGGCUUUUAGGCAUUGGACAAGAAGCUGAACGACCUUGUUGUAGACUUCUACAAUGUUUCUCUCGCUUACUCUGAUCACUCCAUGAAUGCCGCCAGCUCUUUGGAAGAAUACUUUAGAGUAAGGAAUAGCGACUGUCGAGAUGAUCUACAAGUUCGAGCUGUUCAGGAUCUGAACGACAUUCAAGCGACGCUUCGGAAGACCGUAUCUAAAAUGACCAAAGCUAUAGAUAAUCUGAAGGCAAUGAAGACUCUGGGAGAAUGCGACAAUUCUGAUUCCAAACUGAACAAUAAGAUAGCUAAAGCCAACGUUGUCUGUAAUCUGUUGUUCAAACAGAUGACAGAAGACUUCAAAGUGAAGUGCGAACUUCUGGAGAAAGCUCCUUUGGCGUUUGAUGCAGAAGGCUUGAUGUUCGUAGCAUAUUGGAGGGAAUCUUUUCGUACGAUACAAUCAUUUGUUGACGAUAUUUAUGCUCUCACAUUCUGA